AUGAGCUCUGAAGUUUGUCCAUUUUGUGGCAAAUCGUUCAAACGGUUAAAAAGCCAUUUGCCUCAUUGUAAAUCUGCCCCAAACUCCAACAAAACUCGUGAAGAAGAAGCCAGAACAUCUGGGAAAGACGAGGCCCUGGAUUCAACCAGAUCUGAAAUCAGGAAGAGGACCGAGCCCAAAGUCACGGCAAGAGUCAAAAUGGCGACUGAAACGUCAUUUUCCAAAAUGGUGGAUUGCGGCUGGAGCUCGGACAGUGCGGCGUUGGGACUGAGCAUGGACCGGUUCUCCAUGGGGCAAACCGCGGCGGCUCCAGCUAGCAGCAUGUUGGAGGCUGAAGUCUCGACCGAAGCCUUUAGAAAAGAUUUAGAGCCGUUUUCACGACAGAGCGUGGAGAAAAACAUGGAAUUGACGGAAGAGAAGGCGACGAGGGGGCGGGGACAAGAUGGCGGACAGAGACAAGAUGGCAGACUCACCACGAGAGUGUUGGCGCCGCAGAGCUUCAGUCAGGUGACUCUGAGAGAGCUCCCUGAUUGGCUGGUGUCACAGUCUCCACGACGUCCACGAGAAGUGCUCUACCUCGCCCAGAGAGGCUGGCGCUGGUACUACCGUCGCUACAUCGACGUGAAAAGGGGCGGAGUCGGGGGCGUGGCCAUGCUGCUCGCCGGAUACUGUGCCCUGAGUUACGCCUGGGCCUUCCCCCAUCUGAAGCGCGAACGCUGGAGGAAGUAUCACUGA